GUGACGGAAACAUACCAUUAGGAGUUGUAAGCUCAUGACUACCGCGUCACAUUUUGCUACGCGGGAAGUGUUUCCGUUUCCACGUCCAGUGUGCUGGAGCCAUGCCUGUUCCGUUGUAAUCAGUUGUAAUCAGUUGUAAUUUUCUCUCGAUGUGACGCCACCCUCAUGCGUCUCGCCGCAGAUUUGUACUGAUUUGUGCCGCCCCCGACUGCAGUAACCGAAUUUAUCUCUUACAAUAUAUGAGUUGCUUUUCAUUUACACACAAUUAGUGAAACUGAGUCUGAAGUGAGCCGAGUAUGAAAUACUCAAAUUAAUGACGUCACCACUUGCUUAUUUUGGCAAAAUUAACAAAUAACAACACAGGAACAAAAGGAACGCGCAUUCAACUGAAUGACGUUACAAGUAACCAUGAAGAAGAAACAAUUUAGUGAAUUCUUAGAAUUUCAGUCACUUCCACGUGAGGUGUCUAUUAUGAACUUAGUCUCUUCACGAGCUCAUGAAAUUUCUGCGAUGACAUCUUCGAUAGAAAAUCCUAAACAGACCAAGUUAAUAUUUCAAAAGCUUCCAGUAUAUAUGCGUAGACGUGUCAUGUCUCAUAAUGUUAAAAGAUUGCCACGUAGAUUGCGAAAAGCACAUUUAGCACAAAUGGCAAAAUCAGGGAAUGGCAAAGAUUUACCAUCAAUUAACAAACGACUGUCUCGGAAGUAUCGUAGAAGACCACGCAAUUUACUUUCCGAAUAUAAUCGCAGACAACGCAAUAAAAUCUGGUUAGAAACACAUAUCUGGCAUGCAAAACGUUUUAAUAUGAUUGACAAAUGGGGAUAUAGAAUUGCUAAUCAUCCAAAUGAUAAAUGUUUUAAAGCUAAUUACCGAGCCAGUGCAAAAUAUUGUCUUCUACAAGAUAUUUCUUAUUAUACUUGUAUUGAAAUAACAGGAGAGGAAAAAUUAUUAAAGACAACUUUAAAAGCGCAUUGUAACACAUCAAUGUUAACUUUUGCAGCGAAAAAAUAUAUCAAUGGCCAUAGAGAAGGUACUUUAAUGUUUUAUAAGAAAAAUGGUUAUCCGCAUUUUCCUAUUGGUAAUGUGGAUUUUUUCUGGAAACCGAACAAAUUGGAUGUUCAAACAAAUAUUAAGACUAUUUGGAUCUGGGUACAUCCUGCUUUUUAUGACGAUUUUCUUAGUGAAAUUAUAUCGAGUUUUGAAUUUAAGCAGAAUAAUGUUGAACAAGCUAAUACUAUCCUUAAUUUGAACUAUCUGUAUACGAAUAUUGUAGGUUGUACAAUGAUUAUAUUAAGAAAUGCAUUAAAUAGAUUUCGGCUUCGUGGGACAUUAACUCUAAAUGUACUAACAAAAGCACUACAAUUGCCAUCUUUAAAUGAGUUAGAUCUUUGUACGGAUUACACUGUUCUUAAAGAUAAUGACAAUUUAAAAAAACUUAGUAAAAAUACAUGGUAUAUUAAUUACUAUAAAAAAGAAGAAAAUAAGGAGGCUUUUAAAAUGCAAAAACAAUUAUGGCAAACAUUGAUAUCUUUGGGAUCACCAAAUUACUUAGCAAUAAAUAUGAUUAUUGGAGUAACUAUUUUAGAUCCACGCUUCUAUUUACCUGAAAAGAGAACAAAAUGUAAUACUGAAAUAACAGAAACAUGUUCUCAAUCAAGUCAAUCAAUUCAAGUUGAUCAACUAGUAAAUAAUUCUAACUGUUCUCCAAUUUGGGAUACAGAAAUACGUCGUAUUGUAAGCAGUUCUUAUAUGUCUACCGACUUUAUCAACAAACUCAGAAGUGAAUGUCUUGUACCUGGUGUAUCAAAUGACAAAUAUUAUACCGAGGACAUUAUGGCAAAGAUACCUAUACUUCUUAUUCAGAAGCCGGGAACUAUUACAGGUUUAGGUUCUGGUGUAGAUGUUAUUAUACCAGCCAGAUGGGCAAUGCCGUUUUGGCUUGCGUUUUUGAUGCAAUGUGCGAGAGUAGGUGCACUUCAAGAAUCAAAAUCGAUAGCUUUUGAAAGUUUGAAUUUAAAUACACCUGAUGUUAAUGAUCCCGACAGUCCUGCCUACAUGAGAGAAGCAUUAAUUACAAAGGAACAAUUGACUAAAAAAUAUUUCCGUUACCCACCAAAUAGACGAACUAAUUUUGUCAAAUUCGGAAUUCGUAGUCCUUUCUUUUGCGAUUGGAAAAAUUUGAUGAAAAACUGGUCAAACAACGAAGAUUUUUAUGUUUUAAGAAAUCGUGAACUUUUGCUACUUUUACAAGCAGCUAUUUGUCCUGCCAAAAAUAAAAAUGCAAAAUUUCUUGCUCAAAAUACGCAAUCUAAUUUUCCAAAUUUAGACGAUUAUAAAAAUUGCUUAAUACAUAUUCAUGUAUCUGUAGUAGGAAAAGGAUUGCCGAAAAAAUUUGCUAUUAUAUGCAUGCCGACAUUCGAAGAUUUGAACGAAUUUAAAAGUAAUAAAAAAUGGCUUGGACCUGUAGAAAAGUGCCAUAACGAUCCGAAUGAAAAAAUUCGUAAAGCAUUACGAAAGAAUCAUUUGAUACUAUUAAAACGACUAAAACGACAAAGAGUUAGAUGGAAGCAAGCAUUGAGAAACAAUGCGUUAAAGUUCCUGAAAGAAUCGGAUAAGUUAAAUGAAAGUACACGUAUAACCGUUUCAUCGCAUCAUAAAAUUAUAUCUGAUCAGUUAGUAAAAAUGUCCGAAUUGUAUCUUCCAGAAUGUGCAGAAGUUCGCCAUUCUUGCGAUAGAGAAGUUAUGGGAUAUAUAACACUAGGGGACUUUUUAUUUAGUCAAGCAAAAGGUAUUGGUAUCGGAUAUAUCACAUUGAUCUCAUUACUCGAAAUGAUUAACAAAAAAUUUAACAUCGUUCUUGUCAGAAAUACUCAAACACGACAAUACAGAUUAGCAGAAUUAAGUAUAUUAAUUUGAUUUAUAGUAAUUUAUA